UGCUGGGAAGACUGUCGCCGCCCUGGCAACAAACAACCGAAAUAAAAACAAUCCGUUAGCUACCUGUAUCGGUCCUGUCGGCUUUUUAAAUAUUUUUUGGUGGGAGGAGGAAAAUCCAAUGAGGGUUUUCAUCCACAUCUAAUAUGGAAAAACUGCAGGCAGAGGAUGCACGGUAUCUAAAACGGAAAGUGAAGGGGGGUAGUUUGGAUGUCCACCCGACCGAGAAAGCCCUCGUCGUGCAAUAUGAGGUGGAGGCAACUAUCCUGGGGGAGUUAGGAGGCACCAUGGUCGGUGAACGCAAGGAGUGUCACAAAAUCAUUCGCCUGAAAAGCUUGAAUGCCAACACAGACAUCUCCUCCUUAGCUCGCAAGGUUGUAGAGGAAUGCCGGCUCAUUCACCCAUCCAAACUUCCUGAGGUCGAGCAGCUGCUCUUCUACCUGCAAAACCGCAAAAAGACAAAUGACAAGCAAGAGAAGCAAAAGAUCUCACCUAGAGACCUCACACCUUAUGCAGGAGUGGAGCUGGAUGAAGAGGCCAACAUCAACAACAUUGAUGAGUAUGUGGAGCUGCUUUAUGAGGACAUCCAAGAGAAGAUUAGAGGAGCCACCCUCAUCUUGCAUUUGGCUCGCAACUCUGACAACCUGGAGGAGCUCAUGCAGAAUGAGACAGCCCUGGGAGCCCUAGCCAGAGUCCUGAGGGAGGACUGGAAGCAGAGCGUUGACCUUGCAACCACCAUCAUCUACAUCUUCUUCUGCUUCUCCAGUUUCUCGCAGUUCCACGGCCUGGUCACACACUAUAAGAUUGGGGCUCUGUGCAUGAACAUCAUAGAACAUGAGCUGAAGAGGUAUGACCUCUGGCAAGAAGAGCUGCAGAAGAAGAAGAAGGCCUGUGAAGAAGACUCUGAGAACCAAACCCUGAAGAAAGAACAUGAGAAAGCUUUCAAAAAAUACCAGAGCCUCCUGAUCAAGCAGGAGCAGCUUCUCAGAGUUGCUCUGUUCCUGCUGUUGAACCUGGCUGAGGACACCCGCACAGAGCUCAAGAUGAGGAACAAAAACAUUGUCCACUUGCUGGUGAAGAUAUUGGACCGUGAUGACGAGGAACUGCUCUUGCUGGUGGUCUCCUUCCUCAAGAAGCUCUCCAUCUACCUGGAGAACAAAAAUGACAUGGCUGAAACCUUUGCGGUGGAGAAGCUGGCCAGGCUGGUUUGCUGUAACAACGAGGAACUCCAGAGCACCACUUUACGUCUCCUCCUCAACCUCUCCUUCGACACGGGCCUGCGCAGCCAAAUGGUCCAGGCAGGACUCAUUCCCAAACUCUCCUCUCUGCUAGCUGACGAGGGCCAGAGACAGCUGAGCAUGUGCAUUCUGUACCACAUCAGCAUGGACGACGCAUUCAAGUCCAUGUUUGCCUACACAGACUGCAUACCACAGUUGAUGAAGAUGGUGUUUGAUUGUGGGGAGGACAAGAUGGAUGCUGAGCUCAUCUCCUUCUGCAUCAACCUCGCUGCUAACAAAAGGAAUGCCCAAGUCAUCUGUGAAGGUAAUGGUCUAAAGAUGCUGAUGAAGAGAGCACUUCACCUGAAGGACGUUCUGAUGAUGAAGAUGAUUAGGAACUUGUCUCAACACGACGGACACACCAAGAACCUGUUCAUAGACUAUGUGGGUGACCUGGCAGCCCAGAUCAAUAACGAGGAGACUGAGGAGUUUGUGAUUGAGUGUUUGGGCACGCUGGCAAAUCUCACCAUCCCCGACCUGGACUGGGAGCUGGUGCUCAAGGAAUACAACCUGGUGCCCUAUCUUAAGGAUCGACUCAAACCAGGUUCCGCUGAGGAUGAUCUCAUUCUGGAGGUGGUGAUCAUGAUCGGCACCGUGUCCAUGGAUGACUCCUGUGCUGCCCUGCUGGCGAAGUCUGGCAUUAUCCCUGCCCUCAUUGAGCUGCUAAAUGCUCAACAGGAGGAUGAUGAGUUUGUGUGCCAGAUUGUCUAUGUCUUCUACCAGAUGGUCUUCCACCAGGCUACUAGGGAUGUCAUCAUCAAAGACACACAGGCCCCUGCUUACCUCAUUGACCUGAUGCAUGAUAACAAUGCUGAGAUCCGCAAAGUCUGCGACAACACUCUUGACAUCAUUGCUGAGUAUGAUGAGGAGUGGGGCAAGAAGAUACAGAGUGAGAAGUUCAGAUUUCACAAUGCCCAGUGGCUGGAAAUGGUGGAGAAUCGCCAGAUGGAUGAAGCAGGAGAGCCCUUCUUGUAUGGGGAGGAUGGGGAGUCCUUUGUUGGUGGUGGAGAUAUCCUGGACAGACGUGACCUCUUUUAUAGCGCAGAUGGGAUCAUUCCAGAUGGUGCCAUCAGUCCUGAGUUCUAUGUCGACUUUCAAAACGGGGACAUGGGACAGACCCCUGGCUACAUUGGCAGUGUGGCAGAGCAAUUUGUCCCAACAGCUCCAAACCCAGGAGGACGGCCGGUCACCGCCUAUGGCUUCCGACCUGAUGAGCAGUUCUUCUACAACUACCACACAAAUGCCUCCCGGUAAAAUUUGGAGCUGCACACAUAAACGCAGACUCAAAAACUAAUGUAAACACAUAUAAAUACACAUAUAAUACGCACUGCUCAGACUGCAGCCAUAUUCCUUGUAUCCACUGUGUGCUGCAAAACCUGCGUCUAUAUCGUGAAGGAAUUUUGUCAACACUACUGUCCGUAUGGACUCACCUCUGCUUGUUGUUUUAUCAAGUGUGAGCACAGACUUAAAAACUUAAAAUCUAUAGUCAGGCCUGUCUUACCUUUCAUUGUAGCUGUUAUUAAAUCUCAAUGUUGACUUUGACUUCUGUAAUGUGAGAGUACAUACCAUGUUACGUGAACUUCAUGUAUAUUUUAUAUGUUUUAUGGAAAUCCAGGGGACCAGUGACUCCAGAAUGAAAUUAAUGCCGUCUAAUAUUUUACUUGCAUUUUUGACAUUUCAGAAUGUUUUCUUCUCACCACCAGAGUCUCUUAAGGGGAUGAUUCCCACAUUUUUAGACAAAAAAUAUCGUCUUCUAUGGAAUUGUGGAAUGGCAAAUAAGCAAGAUUGAGUAUAUUAUUGCCUUCCUGGGCAAUAAGCUGCCUGUAGAAUCAAAGUUUUGAAGAGAUAGAAUUUGCUCUUCUGUGUGGUUAAGCGGUAACUGGUGGAAUUGUUCAGUAUUAGAGUUAUAGUUGCAUGUGAAAUCAUUACAUUAGACUAUUUUCCUGUUUUGCAUUUGCACACGUUCUUUCUCUGUAUAUUACAUGCACUGUAGUCAGUAACACUGGAAUAACUUGUACUGUAUGGAAUCUAAGCACUGGAGCUAAACAUCAUCUGUCCUUGUUAUUUUGAAUGUAAUAUGGAAGGAAAUGUGAACAGCCUCUAAUGCUCUGCCUACAUGGUAAAGAGAAAAUGCUUUUUAAAUGUGAAAAAAAUGUUGAGAGAUUCUGCUUUGUUGUUUUGUAUUCCUUGUUAUAUUGGCUUUCAUGUGCCUGAAGGGCUCCUGGCCUACUGAAAUAUGAAGUAACCAUUUUCUGUGGUGCAAUAUAUGAAAUAAAUUGUCGGAACAGGA